AGCCAACUCAUCUCUCAGUUGAACUGUUUCCUUGUUGCCCUCGAAAUGACGUCACGCCCGCGCCGGAAGUUCUUCGUUCUGUUUACAUGUCGCCCUUUUGUUGUGUUUAAAAACCUCUUAAAAAUGUCCAAAAAGCGGCCAGAGAGCGGCAGCCUGAGGGCCUGUGUGGAGCAGCAGCUGGCGGCCGCAGCCUCGGGGGUCCUCGGCCUGCUGGAGGAGCGCGGCCAGGCGGAGCUGGAGGAGCUGCGGGCGCUGCUGAUGAAGCGGAUCGCAGCGGCCGUGGACUCCAUCCUCACCGCGUUCGAAGCGAGCAGAGCGGCCGAAAGAGGGACUCUGGAGCCGGGAGAGAGGCGGAGAGGAGGCCGCGGAGAGCAGCCAAAAGAACUGUGUCUGUCUGUUGGUGUUAGGAAUAAGCCACAAAGACCAUCGGGUUCCAGUUCCAGACUCGACCAGCAGGCGGCUUUUCCAGACGAUGACACGGCAGCUGAAGAGGAAGAAGAUGAUACGGCUGCAACAGAUGAAACAUCUCCCAGCUGCAAAAUUUGUGGGAAAUCCUUUGACACGAAAGGCUUUUUGAUCAAACACGUGGAGAAACAUGCCAAGGAAGAGGCGAGUCGGUGCGGUGUGUGUGGGGAAUGUUUGGAGUCCAGCGCCGAUCUGAAACGGCAUCUUCAGACGCAUCGCGAUAGCUGCAGGACCUGCGACUUCUGCGGCAAAAAGUUCCCCUCGAUCCGAGCAAAGGAGACGCAUGCGCGGCUGCACACCGGUGAGAAACCGUUCAGCUGCCGCCACUGCGGCAAAGGCUUCAGCCAGAAGGGCAACAUGAUGACUCACCUGCAAACCCAUGUAGAAGAAAAGCUCUCUGAAGACUUCGUCCACAGCAUUUCACCAGAGCAAGACAUAAAGACCGACAGUGAACAGACGGCGUUCACCUGCAAAAUCUGUGGAGCAGAAUUCUUAACGACCUCUGACCUCAGGAGACACACCCGGAACCACAACCAGCCGACCAACGGGAGCAAACGCAGAAAGCCGAGUCUGACUCCUUCUCACUCCUGCAAGGUCUGCGGGAAUGCUUUCCACAAUAAAGGGAACUUACUGCGACACACAGAGACACAUUUAAAUCACCCCGACCUCCUGUGUGGCGUCUGUGGAGAGCAGGCCGAGUCGUCCGAGAGCUUGCAGCUCCACAUCCAGAGUCACAGAGAAAUGAACAAGGCCUGCGACAUCUGCGGAGACAACUUCAGGGACAUGGAGAUCCACAUGAGGACGCACUCUGGGCAAAAACCUUUCAGGUGUAAAGACUGCUGCAAGGAUUUUCCCAGGAAGAGCUCCUUGGAGAGACACCUGAAGCUACACGCCGGCGAGAGGCCGUACAUCUGCGAGUUCUGCGGGAAGACUUUUAUCGAAAGCACUGUUCUCAAGCGGCAUAUCAAGAGCCACACCGGCGGGAAGCCCCGGAUUUACACCUGUGAAACCUGCGACAAGAAGUUCACCAUGAGCCAACAUCUGGAUGUGCACAAGAGGAUCCACACGGGUGAGAAGCCGUUCCCAUGCAAGGUUUGCGGCAAAACCUUCAGGCAGAUCGGCAACCUGGACUCCCACAUGAGGAUCCACACGGGCGAGAAGCCGUUUAUCUGCAGCCUCUGCGGGAAAACCUUCCGCCAGAAAAUCUCGCUGGAGACGCACGAGCGUUUCCACAAGAAGGACAAGGCGUUUGUCUGCCAGGUGUGCAGGAAAGGCUUCGUGCAGAAGAUCGACCUGAAGAGGCACAUGCUGACACACACUGGUGAGAAACCCUUCAGCUGCCACACCUGUGGAAAGAGCUACCAGGAGAAGCGCUCGCUGGAGUCGCACAUGAAGGUCCAUGCGGGGGAGCAGGCCGCCAAGGACCCGGCUGUGAUGUCACACAUGAAGCAGCAGGAGGCGGAGGUCCAACCUCAGUUCACUCAACUGUGAUCUGCUGCUGUUUGUACAUAAACGACUCAGCUCCUUCCUGUCUGAUAUUGGAAAAAUGGCCCAAAACAGGAAGUCUGCUCUCACAUUAAGAGACAAAGCUUCCUGUUUCUGAUGCCUUCUUUAGAGGUCAGCUCCAUCCAGCUCACUCUCACUAAGUUAGAGUCUGAAAGCAGAAACUCUGAGUAAGAACACAUUUAUAACAGCUGAACUGAAUCUUUUCUGGGUGUGAUCCCUGUUUCAAGCCAAACUAAUUAAUUAAUUAGUUUAUUUCAUCCAAUUAAUUGUUUCAGACCAAACUAGAAACCAUAGUGGUUUCAAAUAAUUUAAAUCUGCUUUUAAAGAUUCACAAACUGUUUAGAAAAACUUUAAAAACGUUCCUUUUCUAAUUUUCCUGAAAUUAUUUCAAUAUUCUGCAGAUUUUUAAUCCUCAUUUUAUUCAAAGAUUUUACUUUCGACUUUGUUUUUAGAUUGAUCUGUGAUGAGGUGUGAUGUCAGCGGAUAACAGGAAAAGGAGUUGUAUCCAUUUGAAAAGUUCAAGUUUAAGGUUUUGUUCAAGUCAAUUCAUAGAAACCGCUAGCAGUAACGCUAACCACAAUUAUUGCUAAUAAAAAAUAUGAAAGACAAUUUAAAAAAGGAAUUUUAGGUAAUAUUUUUGUCUUUGUUUAAAAACAUCAAUCAAAUCCUGUCUGAUUGCAGAGCUGUGUAACUCUCUCACACAGUGUGACGUCGCCUCGCAUUAUGAUUUAACAGGUUAAUAAUUAGCCACAGCAGAAAUGCUUUUCAUUGCUCCUGUUUAGUAAAUAAUUUAACAUAAUUUUUCCAUUUCCACUCUUAUCACUGCUAUCAUUUAUUCUGAAUUAAUUUUGUACAAAAGUCCCGUGAAAGAGUUCAGUUCUGUUCUUCAAUGUGUGCAAAAAACAAAAGUGAGCUACAAAUAGCUAUUUUAAGGUGAUCUGUUGUAAAUAUUUCACAUUUGGGUUUAAUUUGUACAGUUAAGUUCGUUCCUGAACUUGGAGGAUUUAACUGGAUUUUAGAGUUUCUGUAAAGCAAAGACUCGACUUGUCAUCUGUACUUUCAUAAUAAACAUUUUUUAUUGUAAUUUAUCCAGAAAUAGGGAAGUAAAGAUCAGAACGUUUUGAAUAGAAAACCAGUAAAAUAACUACACUAUUCCUGUAAUAUUAAGCAACUCUUAGCUGUUGACUGGAGUUAUUUAUGAAUUAAUUGAAAGCUAUUUUAAAGCUGACAGAAUAAUGAUUGCUACUAUUUUUGUUGACAUCAAAACACUAAAAAUUAAAUCCCGAAAACAAUUUUCAAAUACAAAUAAAACUUUAGAUAUCACCUAUAGUGAUUAAUUUUUGGAUUAUAUUAUUAUUGUAACUUAAUUAACAGUUAUUAUUUGUCUCCGUUCCUAAAACCUCGUAAGAUAAUUUAAACUUGAUUCUUUUUUUUCCCCAGUACGUUUUUGUUAUGAAAAGGAAUGAGGGUCAAAAACGUGACUACUGCUCACUUAUGAACGUCUCUAUAAUCACAAUUUAAACUUGUAAAAUAGUUCAAUGCAUUAAAAUUGUUUUUGUGUUUUCCCCUCAUUGUGUUGACAGAGUAGUAGCUUUUAGUGGGUUUUUUUUCUGCACAUUUAAUGUAUUUUUCUUUUUUUGUUUGACUUUAAGAGAAAACUUUUAUUUUGCAGAACUUAUUUGAAGUUGCAUAAUCAUGUGAUGAUGCUGGAUUGUCUUUUAUCCUGAGUUACGUCUGCUAAAACUGUGUGAAAUUUUAAAAAAAUAAAAACGGUUUGGUAAAAUUUU